AUAAUCAAACCGAUGAUGAUGCCAAUAAUAAAACUAAUGUUAAAACCAAGAAUAAAACUAUAAAUAAGAAUGCAACCGUAGAUAGAACUAAGACUGUAACCGUUGAUCAAACCAAGUGUUCAAGCGUUGGUGGUGAAAUCGUUAAUGAAACCAAGAGUACAACCCAUACUGAAAUCCAGUGUCAAACCACCUUUAAUGGAACCAAUGAUAUUAUUAAAACUGAUAAUAUAACUAAGUGUACAGCUGAACAAGAUCAAGGAAUCUUGGAAAGGUUAAAAGAGAUAGAUGAUUAUAUAAAUAAUUAUAAUCCUUGGCAUCCAAAAUAUGAUCCUGAAGGUUUUGAACAAUUAUUAAAUGAACAUUUCGAAGAAACUAAACUUAGUCAAACCGUCAACAAUGUAGGCGUAUUUAUUACUGCCUAUAAUAUUUCUAAUUGUGAACGCACUUUUUUUACAAACCUAAGACCUGGAGAUGAAAAUGUUCUCAUGAAAGAAGUUACGCGAGCAAGUGCUGCCGCUCCUACUUAUUUUCCUGCAAAAAAAAUAGAUUCAAAAUAUUAUAUAGAUGGCGGUGUUUUUAUGAAUAAUCCAACGACCAGAGCGUAUCUGGAAGCAAGGAAAAAGUAUCCAAAUUCAAAAUUUGUUGUAAUUUCCCUUGGUACUGGAUACUUCAAAUCUUCUUUAGAGGAUUACAAAGACGCCGGUAUUGUUCAAUGGGUGAAACCUCUAAUUACUCUUUUAAUGGAUGUAGAACUCGAAAAUCAUGAUGAUAUGAUGCAACUUUUGGCUGAACUUGAUGGUGCAACAUAUUAUCGGAUUCAACCUCCAUUAAGCGAAGAUGCUUCUUUUUCCAAUGUUUCAGACGAAGAAGUUAAUAAAAUUCUUAAGUUAAGCGAGGAUAUUAUCAAAUCUCCUGAAUAUAAU